GCCAAGCAAAAAGACGAGGACCGCAUGCUAUGGUUGUUCGGAGAUUCUUCGAAUUCACGAUCUUAAAGUCAUAUGAUUCACAGCAAAUAUAGCAACACAUAUCUUAAUUCGUAUUUUCCAAAGCCACGAAACGUGCAUUGAGUUUGGAGCGAUAUCUGAAGUGAAGAUUGAAGACGUGAUAGAAGAUGGACGACUACUGCUAUGCUAAGAUGGCGACGUCCGCUAAAAGAGAACAUGAAAGAGAAUCAGCGCCACCAACUUCCAGCAAAUCACCAACGGAGAUAAAGACGAAAGAUGAAGACGUCCAGCAGCUGAUCGGUAAUCCAGAAGAAGUUUCCCCUCAGUUAGGGGGGAGCUCCACUUUGAAGCAGGAGACUCCACAACCACCCUGCAUUAAAAAGGAAGAGGAGGAACUCUGCAUCACUCAGGAGGGAGAGUGUCUUCUAGGACGAGAGGAAGCUGAUUACACCAAGUUUCCACUGAGUAUUCUCUCUGUGAAGACUGAAGAUGAUGAAGAGAAACCACAAGUAGACAACCUCUUAGCUCCACUAUCAGAUAGUGAGGCUGAAGACGAGGUUGAAGAACCUUUGAGCAGCGAUAAAGACUGUGAAGGUGAUAUGAGGACUCACACUGACAACAAACACUCUGAAUGCUCUACAAAGAAGAGAGGUAAAACAUGUUUGAGCUGCUCAGUUUGUGCUAAAAGUUUUACUAAAAAUAGCCGUUUGACUGAACACAUGAGAACACACACAGGAGAAAAAACAUUUAAGUGUUCAGUUUGUGGCAAAAGCUUUUCUCGAAAUAGCAUUUUGACUGAACACAUGCGAACACACACAGGUGAAAAAACAUUUAAGUGUUCAGUUUGUGGCAAAAGCUUCUCUCGAAAAAGCAUUUUGACUGAACACAUGAGAACACACACAGGUGAAAAAACAUUUAAUUGUUCAGUUUGUGGCAUAAGUUUUUCUCGAAAUAGCGAUUUGACUCAACACAUGAGAACACAUACAGGAGAAAAACCAUUUAAGUGUUCAGUUUGUGGCAAACGCUUUUCUCGAAAUGGCAGUUUGACUAAACACAUGAGAACACACACAGGUGAAAAACCAUUUAAUUGUUCAGUUUGUGGCAACAAUUUUUCUCAAAAUAGCUCUUUGACUGCACACAUGAGAACACACACAGGAGAAAAAACAUUUAAGUGUUCCGUUUGUGACAAAAGCUUUUCUCGAAGUAGCAAUUUGGCUAAACACAUGAGAACACAUACAGGUGAAAAACCAUUUAAUUGUUCAGUUUGCGGCAACAGCUUUGCUCAAAAUAGCUCUUUGACUCAACACAUGAGAACACACACAGGAGAAAAAACAUUUAAGUGUUCCGUAUGUGACAAAAGCUUUUCUCGAAGUAGCAUUUUGACUAAACACAUGAGAACACACACAGGUGAAAAAACAUUUAAUUGUUCAGUUUGUGACAAAAGCUUUUCUAAUAAGAGCAUAUUGACUAAACACAUGAGAACACACACAGGUGAAAAACCAUUUAACUGUUCAAUUUGUGGUGAAAACUUUUCUAUUAAGAACCGUUUGACUGAACACAUGAGAACACACACAGGUGAAAAACCAUUUAGUUGUUCAGUGUGCUGUAAAAGGUUCCCACAUAAUGCAGACGCAGUAAAACACAUAAAAACACACAAGAGAGAAAGAGAAUCAGCGCCACCAACGGAGAUAAAGACGAAAGAUGAAGACGUCCAGCAGCUGAUCGGUAAUCCAGAAGAAGUUUCCCCUCAGUUAGGGGGGAGCUCCACUUUGAAGCAGGAGACUCCACAACCACCCUGCAUUAAAAAGGAAGAGGAGGAACUCUGCAUCACUCAGGAGGGAGAGUGUCUUCUAGGACGAGAGGAAGCUGAUUACACCAAGUUUCCACUGAGUAUUCUCUCUGUGAAGACUGAAGAUGAUGAAGAGAAACCACAAGUAGACAACCUCUUAGCUCCACUAUCAGAUAGUGAGGCUGAAGACGAGGUUGAAGAACCUUUGAGCAGCGAUAAAGACUGUGAAGGUGAUAUGAGGACUCACACUGACAACAAACACUCUGAAUGCUCUACAAAGAAGAGAGGUAAAACAUGUUUGAGCUGCUCGGUUUGUGCUGAAAGUUUUACUAAAAAGAGCCGUUUGACUAAACACAUGAGAACACACACAGGAGAAAAAACAUUUAAGUGUUCAGUUUGUGGCAAACGCUUUUCUCGAAAUGGCAAUUUGAUUCGACACAUGAGAACACACACAGGAGAAAAAACGUGUAAAUGUUCAGUUUGUGGCAAAAGCUUUUUUCGAAAUAUCUGUUUGACUCAACACAUGAGAACACACACAGGUGAAAAACCAUUUAAUUGUUCAGUUUGUGGCAACAGCUUUUCUCAAAAUAGCUCUUUGACUCAACACAUGAGAACACACACAGGUGAAAAACCAUUUAAUUGUUCAGUUUGUGGCAACAGCUUUUCUCAAAAUAGCAAUUUGACUAAACACAUGAGAACACACACAGGUGAAAAACCAUUUAAUUGUUCAGUUUGUGGCAACAGCUUUUCUCACAAUAGCAAUUUGACUCAACACAUGAGAACACACACAGGUGAAAAACCAUUUAGUUGUUCAGUUUGUGGCAACAGCUUUUCUCAAAAUAGCAAUUUGACUCAACACAUGAAAACACACACAGGAGAAAAAACAUGUAAUUGUUCAGUUUGUGGCAACAGCUUUUCUCAAAAUAGCGAUUUGACUCAACACAUGAGAACACACACAGGAGAACAACAAUUUAACUGUUCAGUUUGUGGUACAAGCUUUUCUCAGAACAGAUCGUUAUGUCGACACAUAAGAACACACACUGGAGGAAAACCGUUUAGUUGUUCAAUGUGCUGUAAAAGGUUCACACAUAAUGCAGGCGCAGUAAAACACAUAAGAACACACAAGGGAAAAUAUAUGUAUCAAAACUGACGUUGACGCAUAAGUGAUGCUGGGUAACAGUUCCCACAAUGGACCACAAUGGAAACAAGCCUUUUGGCUUUUUGUACCAUCCAUUUGCCUUUUUAAAGCAUUACAUGGAUUAAAUUCUUUAAGAUGUCAAUAAACUUGUCAAUCAA